GAGCAAGAUGGCAGCGCAGAUGAUACGGAAGGUGCAGGCGGUUCACCUUGAGUCUGACGCUUUCCUGGUUUGUCUCAACCACGCUCUGAGCACAGAGAAAGAGGAGGUGAUGGGUCUGUGUAUAGGGGAGUUGAAUGAUGACCGGAGGAGUGUCUCCAAACACACAUACGCUGGCACUGAAACGGGCGCGGUUGCGGAAAAGAUGGAUGCCCCCGUCAGGGUUGUUCACAUUCACUCUGUCAUUAUCUUGCGGCGUUCAGACAAGACGAAGGACCGAGUAGAAAUCUCUCCAGAGCAGCUGUCCGCAGCCUCCAUCGAGGCAGAAAGGUCAGCCGAACAAACAGGUCGUCCCCUGAGAGUUGUUGGCUGGUAUCAUUCCCACCCUCAUAUAACCGUUUGGCCUUCCCAUGUGGAUAUCCGUACACAAGCCAUGUACCAGAUGAUGGAUCAGGGCUUCGUAGGACUGAUUUUUGCUUGUUUCAUAGAAGACAAAACCACAAAGACUGGUCGGGUACUCUACACUUGCUUCCAAUCUGUGCAAGAUCCAAAGAGCUCAGAAUAUGAGAGAAUUGAGAUCCCAAUCCAUAUUGUACCUCAUACCACCAUCGGGAAAGUAUGCCUCAAAUCGGCAAUUGAGCUGCCGAGGAUCCUGUGUCAGGAAGAACAAGACGCAUAUAGGAGGAUUCACAGACUUACACAUCUGGACUCAGUCACCAAGAUCCACAAUGGCUCGGUCUUCACCAAGCAUCUGUGCAGUCAGAUGUCCACAGUCAGUGGGCCCCUACUGCAGUGGUUGGAAAACAGACUAGACCAAAACCAGCAGCGUUUGCAGGAAUUGGAACAAGAAAAGAUAGGCCUUAUGGAAGAGCUGUCUUCCCUGGAAUAAAGCGGGAGGGCAGAAAUGGGUGGAUGAAAACACUUGGCAUACAAUUUAUAAACUAAAGUAAUUUCAAAGAAGAUAAAGUUGGAGGACUCACAUUAUAUAACUUCAGGACUUCUUAUAAAGCUGCCGUAAUGAAGAUACUGUGGUAUUCAUGGAAGACUAGACAUAUAAAUCAAAGGAACAGAAAAGAAAAUCCAGAAAUAAACCCACGAUUGUAUGCCUGACUAAUUUUGACAAAGUACAAAAGUGUUUCAAGGAAUAAAGGGCAGUCAUUUUGGCAAAUGGAACUUCUACAGGCCAACAAAAUAAAUUCUAACAGUACCUCAAAAAUGUUCCAUGGAUUUAAUGUAAGACAGAGACCUUUUAGAAAUAUAUCAUAUGAGAAAAAUCUUCAGGAGACGUAUUUUUAAACUUCAGCCCAAAAGGACAAUCCAGAAGAACACAAAGUAGACAUAUUGGAAUUUGUCAAAAUUAAAACUUUAUUUUGUAAAGAA